CUCCGCGGAUCCGCCCUUCCAGCGCUCCGCUCAGCCAGUAGCUGCCAAACCAGCUGGCAUUUUCAAUUGAUAUCCUGUUAACAACCUUUAAUCUCAGGUUUAGUAGGCCUAUCUUUUAUUACUUUUAAGGAAAUACAUCAAGAGUUCAAAGCCACCAUGUGGACCACGGAGAAACUCCCAAGAACGUUUCCCUGUGGAAGUGCACACCUUCUACUCUGCACCUUGUGAUUUAACCUGUUUUUUUUGUGUGAGUGUGUGUUUGGCCGACUUUAAUCAGUCAGGUAAUUAAUUUACCUUAAUGCAUCAAGGGGAAACUGCAGCAGCACAUGAUGUAGACGUUUGUUCAUGAGUUGUUGAAGUUUGCUUGAGGAAGUUUUGCUCCUCUCCCGGCCGGGUCUCCUCACCUGAUUUGCACGCCACUCCCCGCCGGUGCAGACCCUCCCCGCAGCCCCGAGGAUGGGGACACCGGGAGCUCUGCCUGCUUGGAAAGCCACGAUAUUCUUCUUCAAUUUAAUCUCAGCUGCUGUGGCCAAAAGACACGUCGUGUAUUGGAAUUCGACAAACACAAGGUUAACAGCAGGAGAUCUGUCCAUCCAGGUGAAUCUGAAUGACUACCUGGACAUUUACUGCCCGCACUACCCUGACAAGGGGACCCAGAGUCCCGGGCAGCCGGAGACACUGGCCCUCUACCUGGUGGGAGAAGUCUCUUUCCAGGGCUGCGUGGAGACCAGAGGGGCCAUCAAGAGGUGGGAGUGUAACACCCCCUACGCUCCGUUUGGACCAGUGCGCUUCUCUGAGAAGAUCCAAAGGUUCACUCCCUUCUCACUGGGGUUUGAGUUUCUGCCAGGUCGCCACUACUACUACAGCUCUCUACCCGCAGAUGAAGGCCCUCCUCUGCCAUGUAUGAAGUUGCGUGUCACCGUGUGCUGUGAGCCCACAUCAGAGGGUUCAAAACAAAUACAAGAAACUGUAGCUGAAAGUAGUACGUGCUCACUGAGGACUGCUUCACUUCCACUCCUCCUCAUCCUUGUCCUCCUCUUGUUGACCACCUGACUUCCUCGUCCCUCCUCACCGCUGACCUCAUGCCCUUUUUCCCCCAGAUUGGGGGAUAUUAUUCAGAUAUUUAAGUACACAAUGCCGUCUACGCUCAGACAUUGAAUGACAUAAUGCAAUCUAUGCUAAGCUACUGCAUAUGACAGAUAUUGCCUUGUGGCUGGUUUACCUGUCAAAUUCCAGAAAGAAAGAAUCUGUGUGUCUUAUCCAGAAUGGGGCAACAGUGACUCAGGGACAGAGAAGUCAAAUCUCUGUGAUUCAUUUUUUGUUAUUUCCUUCAGAAUAUUACACAUAGAGCAAGCCUGAAUCAUAAGACUCAUAUCCCACUGCCAGAAGAACAAUGAGUCUGUCUGGAAUUGUUCCAUCCAAGUUUUCUCAGUUUUUCAAAUUCCGGUUCUCAUUUUCUACUGAUUGUGUUUUUGUGUAUUUACGAAAAGCUGCCUUCUGUUUAAAAUGGGGCCAAAUAAACACCUACCACUGUACCGAGUGGCACAGGUUGGAGGUCAAUCAGUUAGCUGGUGACUUUUUUUUUUUGAACAUGGUUAGACAUAAGUUAUUGACACAUUUUUUUCUCUCAUUUGCAUCUCAUUAGGAUAAAUAUGUCAAACUGUUUUUACAAAUUAGAUUUCGGAAAUAAAGUAGUUUUAGGAGGAAAUGGGCAAUUUUUUUGAAUAGUCAAGCAGGGCUGCUGCGCCCCCUACUGGGAUCAUACUGGUUUAACUGGAGUUGGACUGGGUUGGCCAUAAAGUCGGAUUGUGGUGCUGUUUGGUAAUAAUGGGACCUGGGACAGAGUUUGUCCUCUGAUUGGACCCCCUGUUGUUCUGCCUUCCUACGCCUUUCUCUGUUUCAGAAUAAAGCACUGAACAGGGGGGUUUAUGGGUAAACGGAGAGCAUCAGCUCCCCUUACUCCACUGAACAUGCGGCGGACCACUGAGGAGGUGAUUGCUCGAUGAUUCUGGUGACCAACAAGGUGUGCAGUUAUGCACACAAGCUUUUUGUUCCUUUCGUUGUUCUUUUUUUUUAAGCAGGACCCUUGAUCUUAGGUUUUACUGGAUACUUAAUGUAUUCUGCAAAAUGAGAUAUAUUAACAGCAUAAUUCAAUAAUUUGGUAAGAACUGAUCUCUGAUAUUUAAGUGCAAAAAUACUUAUUUGGCAUACACAAACAAUGAUUUAUAUUCUAGAUGUCUUAUAUGUAUGGACUGGUAUUUUCAAUAUGCUUUGCUACAAAUUAGUUUUGAUUU